CACAGUCAACCGACAAAAUGGUGGACACUGGCAGUGGGCUAACCGAGAAGCUAAUGUAAACAUUCCACAUUACAACCGCCAGGAGCUGGAACAACGUUGAGUGGCAACUUUGCCCAUCCUGCGGAUGACACUCUCCUUUGAAGCAUAAUGGCCCAUCGGCCUGAACGACGUCGGAUCCAUCUCGACCAGUCCGAGCUGCUAUGUAUAAAAGGAUGUGGUUUUUAUGGCAACACAGCUUGGCAGGGCUUGUGCUCCAAGUGCUGGCGAGAGGAAAACCAGCGAGAAAAGCAAAAACAAAUCCAGGACGACUGGGCUCUAGCUGAGAGACUGCAGAGAGAGGAAGAGGAAGCCUAUGCAACCAGACAUCAACAGGCCCAGUCACAGCCCUCUGUCACGCCUUUCAGCAAGUUUGAGGAACGGAAGACCAGGGAAAAGUCAAGCAAGGUCAACACUGUGACCAGGUUUUUCACUCCCUCCAUCAAAAUACCACCAAAGAAAGAUGCUGCCACCCCUUUAGAUGCUCAGUCCAGCAGCCCAAGCUCCAGCUGCACAGCAAGCCGACCCUCCUCUGCGGACACCGACCAUGCAACAAGGGAGUUCAUCGAUUUCCUCAGACCUCUGAAAUAUGGCCGGCAAAUUUUCAAACAGUGUCGUGCUUUUACAGAGAGCAUGGCCUACAAACGAGACACACAUGCUGAUGACAUGUCUGAAUGCGUCCAGGACUUCUACCAAAAUCUCUCGGAACGCCUUCACACUCAGUUCAAAGGCUCCUCAGACUACGUAGAGGGCAUCAUGGACGAAGUAGAAAGAUACAUGAUGACACGUCUUUACAAGGAGGCUUUCUGUCCUGAAACUUCAGAUGAUGAGAAGAAAGACCUGGCCAUUCAGAAGAGAAUUAGAGCCUUGCAUUGGGUCACCAUCGAGAUGCUGGGUGUUCCCGUUGACGAUGAGAUCCCCGAGGCUUCCGACAGCGUGGUUAAAGCCAUCACAGAUGUGAUCGAAAUUGAUUCCAAGCGGGUACCCAAAGAGAAGCUGGCAUGCAUUACACGGUGCAGCAAGCACAUCUUCAACGCCAUCCGGAUUAGCAAAAAGGAGGCGGCGUCGGCUGACGACUUCCUGCCCACGCUCAUCUACAUUGUGUUGAAGGCGAAUCCCCCACGGCUUCAGUCCAACAUCCAGUACAUCACUCGCUACUGCAACCCCAGCAGGCUUAUGACCGGAGAGGAUGGCUACUACUUUACUAAUCUGUGCUGCGCCGUCGCCUUCAUAGAGAAGCUGGAUGGGAAGUCGCUCAACAUGACCUCAGAGGAGUUUGACCGGUACAUGUCUGGGGGCCAGGCAUCCCCCAGCCACCAGCCGGCGGGCGGUGCCACGCUCAGCCAGGUCCACAAGCGUCUUGACCUGCUGACGGGCCUGGGUCAGCGACAGGAGCUUGUCAUGGAACAAGCGCGCCAGCUGGAGAGCGACCUCAUCGACUGGACCGACGAAGUGGAGCAGAAGGUGCAGAGCGUCCUGGACGCUUUCGAGACACAGAACCCUUCCGCCGUUCCCGGCGCCACCACAAGUGUGGCAAAAGGCUCGCCGACGGCAUCCUCAGCCAUUGAUUCUGAUAACGUUGAGAACGAGCACUUGCCACCGCCACUAACCCCGCAAGUGUUUGCUGGUUGAUUCGAGUGGAACCAUGCCACUCAGCCAUCCAUCCAUUCAAAUUAGACGGCCUGAAACUCCUCCUGAUAUUUGACAGGAUUAACCCAUCAUUAUUGGGGCACACUUUUUAUUCUGUGUGCCCAAGACAAGAACAAAAGGUGAGGAUAUGCCUUACAAAAAGUUGGGGAUUUUUGGCUUUUAGGCGAAAUUUCAGGAUGAACCUAAAAUGCACUAUAACCUUAUCAAUCCAUCCAUCUUCUACCACUCAUCCAACAUCUGGUUGCGGAGGCAGUAGCUUAACUAGACUUCCCUCUCCCCAGCCUCCUCAUCCAGCUCUUCCGGGGGGAUUCCAAGGCAUUCUCAGGCCAGCCGAGAGACGUAGUUUCUCCAGCGUGUGCUGGGUCUCCUUCCAGUGAGACGUGCCCGGAACCACCUUACCAGGGAGGCGUCCGGGAGUCAUCCGGAUCAGAUGCCCGAGCCACCUCAUCUGGCUCCUCUCAAUGUGGAGGAGCAGCAGCUCGACACUGAGCCCCUCCCGGAUGACUGAGCUUCUCGCCCUAUCUCUAAGGGAGAGCCCAGACACAACUCUGCGGAGGAAACUCAUUUCAGCCGCUUGUAUCCAGGAUCUUGUUCUUUCGGUCAUGACCCCAAUGCUCACGACCAUAGGUGAGGGUAAGAACGUAGAUCGACUGGUAAACUGAGAGCUUCCCCUUUGAACUUAGCUCCCUCUUUACCACAAUGGAACGGUACAAAGUCUGCAUCACUGCAGACGCUACACCGAUCCGCCUGUCCAUCUCCCGCUCCCAUUCUUCCCUCACUCGUGAACAGGACCCCAAGAUACUUAAAUUCCUCCACUUGGGGCAGGAUCUCAACCCCCACCUUUUUCCUACUAAGGACCAUGGCCUCAGAUUUGGAGGUGCUGAUUCUCAUCCCAGCCGCUUCACACUCUGCUGUGAACCGCUCCAGUAAGAGUUGUAGAUCACAGUUUGAUGAAGUCAACAGAACCACAUCAUCUGCAAAAAUCAGGAAUACUGAGGCCACCAAACCGGACCACCUUUACGCCUCGGUUCCGCCUAGAAAUUCUGUCCAUGAAAGUUAUGAAUAGAAUCGGUGAUAAAGGGCAUUCUUGUUGGGAGUCCAACCCUCACUGGAAACUUGUCAAACAAACCCCUCGGCCACGAAAAGGUGAUGGCCUCCAGGAGGGGGCACUAUAACCUCUAUAGGUAAACUUAGCUGACCUUUUAAAAACUUCUGAAUGUCCAAAUGUUCAAUGUUUCUGGACUUUUUGCUUAACUUACUGUUCUUUAAAAAGGUACUGUUGAUAAAUAUUUCUGCCACAGAAAGCCUUAGAAGUGGAUGUCUUUUAUUCUUUUUUUAUUCACUGAUCAAUUAUUGGUUAAAACACUUCUGAAGUUUGCCAUUCUUCUCAUGUGUACAGCGCAAGUUAUGCAAACAGUACCCGAACACUGGACAGUUGGACGUGCGUUUAAAAGUUUGAACAAAGACAAAAUUCAGUUUUAAACGUUACAGUACUUUUUAUGUCAUCCUGUAAUCUCAUCAAAACCCGAAUAUGUCUCUAACCUUUUGUGGGUGGUGUAUUUUACCAGAGGUCAAAACUAUCACUCUAGUCUGCGGAAAACUGUAGCGCCAAGACAUGAGCAGCAUGUAAAAUUGGGCUUGUGGUUGAAAUCUCCCAUGAUGCAUCAGGCUAACGCCCUCUGCCGCCACAUCCAUCCAAAGUGCAUCAUUUUUCUAGUUGUUAGCGCAGUGGAACCUCAGCCCACCGCACUUGCAUCUGUUAUACUUAGUUGACCUCUGAUUUGAUUGACUUGAUUUGAAAUAUGAAUGAAAGUAACCACUGAGGUUCUGGGUUCAAAUCACAGCUCUUCCAUUUUCUUGCUCCUCAAAACACGCAUGAUGGAUAAAUUAUCCAUCCAUCCAUCCAUUUUCUGAGCCGCUUACCCUCACGAGGGUCACGGGAGUGCUGGAGCCAAUCCCAGCUGUCAUCGGGCAGGAGGCGGGGCACACCCUGAACUGGUUGCCAGCCAAUCGCAGGGCACAUGGAGACAAACAGCGGCGCUCACUAUCACACCUUGGUGCAAUUUAGUGUCCAAUUAAUGUUGCCUGUUUUGGGGAGCGGGGGGGGGGGGGGACCGCAGUGCCUGGGGAAAACCAAACCAACACGGGGUUUUGCAUGCAAACUCCACACAGGCGGGGCCGGGAUUUGAACCCCUCAGAACUGGGAGUAGUUCUCUUUACAACUGCGCCACUGUGCCGCCUUCGAUGAAUUAAUGAUUUUAAAUUAAGUUGUUGACUUUUGAGGUUCCACUGGGCUAGUUUUUUAAACCCAUAUCUUUAGAUUGAAUUUUAAGAAUGUCGUCAGUCAUUUGGAUUCUUGUGCUUAUGUGUGCAUGUGUGCUGCAUGAAUGUUUUUCCAUUUAGGUCAAACAAUGUUCAUAAGGCCUCCCCCAGUAUUCAGCAACUGACUGACAAGUGUCACACUAAAAGAGAUGCUCGUGGUAUCCCAGUGAUGUUAAUUGCAACCGAAGCCUUUCGAAAAAGGUUUCUCUUUCUCCUAGAACAACCAUCUUGAAUAUCUGUAAUCAGAAUUAGUUCUUUUGAAGCACUUAUGAUUUUAGAGAUGGCAUUAUGAAGGAUCGUGCAGACACUGUAUUCCCAGGUGUGCCCUGUAGUGGCACCACCCAUUUAGACAUUGUAUGUGUAAUAUUCAUAUUUUAAAUAAUUUUCCUAUGGGUGUUUUGCUCCCAUAUAUGGUGUGUUUUUUGUCCCCUUGAUUUGAGAUUAGACUUUUGAAUUUACAAGCUCUGUACUGUUUUUAAAGCACUCCAUAAGUUAUGGGGAGGGGGGGGGGUAUUACCCCCAAUGGCCACAACAUUAAGUACAGCAACAGAAUCCGAUGAGUCUAUCCAAGAACUGAUUUAUUUUUUUUUAAUGCCUUUUCAAAGAUGAUAAUUCUCAUUUUUCAUGGACACUCAUAUUAGUCAUUAUUUUUCAGUCAAGUAUUAUAUUUUUGUAAAGGAGAACUUGUGUGUGGGGGGGGGGGGGUGAGCCUUGAGAGCAGUAUGUCUAAAACAUCCUUAUAGGUUUGUUAUUGUAUCAUAUUUGAGAAUAUAAGUCAACACUGUCCUUUAUUUAAAUGUAAUUUAUUGGGGCAGAGGUGUUUUCUUUGCAUCAAUGGCUUUGACGGUGACAAUAGGGUUAUAAUAUAAUAAAACCUGAAAGAAGAAC